AGGCCCCGCUUUCCAAGUCCCGUUUUCACUUCAGUGCAACAGCCCGGAGAUUGCCGAAGAUAAGGAAACUGAUUGAAAAAGAAAAAAAAAAGAGAAAAAACCUGAAACAAAAAAGCCAGGAAAAUGGCGUCUCUGGCUCUUCCUUUUCCCAAGCUUCUCGUGAUUUCGCGGUCUAAUUCGCAGAACAAACCGACGAUCAAAUUUUGGGCAAAAACCCGUUACCUAAACUCUUCAAAGAUCCCUUCUUGGAGACUCGGACCCGCUUAUGCUAAGAAUCUGCAAUGUGGUGUGAUUCGAAUGCAAGCUGGUGAGGAGGACUACGAGUUGAAGCAAAUGAGAGAUGUGGCUGCUGCAAAGAAGAGAUGGGAUGCUCUGAUCAGGGAAGGAAAAGUAAAGGUUCUCACACCUAGGGAGGCAGGUUAUGCAGUUCAACUUUCUAACAAACCUUUACUUGAUGUCCGUCCUUCUACUGAACGUGAAAAGGCAUGGGUGAAAGGCUCCACGUGGAUUCCAAUUUUUGAUGUUGACAGUAAAUUUGAUGUUGGAGCUCUUUCUAGAAAGCUCACCAAUUUUGUGAUGGGAGGUUGGUGGAGUGGCAUGCCUACAUUGUCUUAUGAUAGCCAGUUCUUAUCAAAAGUUGAGGAGAAAUUCUCAAAAGACACAGACCUUAUUGUUGCAUGCCAGAAAGGAUUGAGAUCUCUAGCUGCUUGUGAGCUACUAUAUAAUUCUGGAUAUAGAAAUCUUUUUUGGGUUCAAGGUGGUCUAGAGGCUGCUGAAGAAGAAGAGCUUGCCAGAGAAGGGCCUCAAUCUUUGAAAUUUGCAGGAAUUGGCGGAGUUUCAGAGUUCCUUGGUUGGACAGAUCAACAAAGAGCUGCAGCAGCCAAAGAAGGCUGGGGUUACCGGUUGUUGUUCUCUGCCCGCCUGGUUGGUGUUUUUCUCGUUGCUGAUGCAUUGAUUCUUGGCGCACAACAAGUAGGUCGUUAUCUUCAGGAAAUAAGGUUAGCUAUCCUGUGCAUUGUGAUGCCAAAAACUCCUGUCAUAUCCAAAUAUUUGGCGUUGACCCCAGGGGGCAAACUCCCAAUCAAAGCUAUGGAGGGGCUAAGCCAGAGCAAGCUCAACAGUUGCUCUUCCAAAUGAAAUAGCUGGACAGCUUCUUCUACUGGCUCCAGAAGGAUUUUCCCAUGGUUCUGGGUCUCUCUCUGUUGCCCAUGCGUUGUCAAAAACCCGUGCCUUGUUUGGAAUAUCAUACCCAUCAAUUAUAAUGUCUUCCAUGGAUUCUCUAGGGAGUAAGACUGGAACUGGCGGAUGCAAUCAAAACAUUUCUUUGAUGACAGCUUUCAUGUAAUGUAACUGAGGCAAAUCACUGUCUAAGAUAACUUUUCUCCCUCCUACAAUGUUCCUCACUUCAGUCUGAGCCCUUUCCAUGGCUUUGGGGUUCUAGAUAAGGUCUGUCAUUCCCCAGUCAAGAGUAAUAAAGGUAGUGUCUGUUCCUGCAGCGAACGUGUCCUGCAAGGAGUAAGAGCAUUAAAUGGCAGUAGUCUUU